GCAAAACUCAAUCAGAGAACAGGUAUUAGACGAGCUUUCCUGAUGGUAGGAGGAUUUCCAGCUUUAAGGGUGAGAGCACGUACGGUGUGCUGUCAUCGAGUUACGUCGGGUGCGGCUGCAAAGUCAACUGUAAUACCACCAGUGAUAGUUGGGAGAUUAGAUCCGGUCCGUGAAUCACGUUUAUCGAGUGCCCGAUCCCAUCGUUGUUUGUACAAAUGACAUUAACAGAAGCGUUAAGGGCGCUGUAUUUUCCCGUCGAACUCUGCAGGCUGGUGCAUUUGAUCGCGGUGUUUUGUUCAGUUUACCUUCUGUUCAUGAGUGUGAAGCUCUGUCGCCGUAGAUGGAAGCUGAAAGAAAUUAUGCAACUCUUCCCGGGACCGCCAGAGCACUGGUUAUUUGGACAUGUACUGGAGUUUCCACAGGAUGGGACAGAUUUGGACAAGACUGUGGCAUGGACAAAGCAGUAUCCAUAUGCCUACCCAAUCUGGUUUGGUCCAUUCACAGUAUUUUUAAAUAUCAACCACCCUGAUUAUGUUAAAACUAUACUCUUAAGUACAGCACCGAAAGAUGACUUUGUGUACCAGUUUAUAACUCCCUGGAUUGGUGAUGGCUUACUGGUGACUUCUGGCCAGAAAUGGUUCCGCCAUCGAAGACUCUUAACACCCGGAUUUCACUAUGAUGUUCUGAAACCGUAUGUAAAGCUGGUUGCUGACUCUGCCAAAUCCAUGCUGGACAAAUGGGAACGAUUUUGCACAGAAGGAAGUAAUACUUUGGAGCUCUACCAGCACGUCAGCCUCAUGACAUUGGAUAGUAUACUGAAAUGUGCCUUCAGUUACAACAGUAACUGCCAGGUUGCAAGUGACAGCUCAUAUAUCCAGGCUGUGUACAGGCUGUGUUUCCUCUCCAAUCAAAGGUUUAGAAUUUUUCCAUAUCACAGCAACCUUAUCUACUAUCUGAGCCCACAUGGAUUUCGUUUUCGGAAGGCUUGCAACUUGGCUCACCGUCAUACUGAGGAAGUAAUACGGCAGAGAAAAGAGACAUUGAAAGAUAAGAAAGAGUUGGGAAAAAUCAAGGACAGGAGGUAUUUGGACUUCUUGGAUAUUCUGCUUUGUGCGAGGGAUGAAGAUGGAAAGGGACUAUCUGAUGAAGAAAUCCGAGCAGAAGUUGACACUUUUAUGUUUGAAGGCCAUGACACAACAGCAAGUGGAAUUUCUUGGCUUCUGUACUGUUUGGCCCAACACCCAGAACACCAGCAGAAGUGUAGAGAAGAAAUCCAGCAGCUCCUCAUGCAGCACAAACAAGUUGAAUGGGAUAUGCUCAGUAAGAUGCCUUAUAUUACAAUGUGCAUUAAGGAAUCUCUGCGUCUCUGCCCCCCUGUCCCAGGAAUAGCCAGGAGGCUGAACAAACCACUCACAUUCUUUGAUGGGAGGACGGUGCCUGAAGGUUGCUUGGUGGGUGUAAGCAUCUACUGCAUUCACAGGAACUCCAUGAUUUGGAGUAACCCAGAGGUAUUUGAUCCGUUAAGAUUCUCUCCUGAAAAUUCAGCACACAGACACUCCCAUGCUUUUAUACCUUUCUCUGCUGGAUCAAGGAACUGUAUUGGUCAGCAGUUUGCCAUGAAUGAGAUGAAGGUGACCAUUGCUUUGAUCCUUAGUCGAUUUGAGCUGGAAGUUGAUGCCUCAAAGCCACCAAUGAAAAUACCCCAGCUAGUCCUCAGGUCCAAAAAUGGAAUACAUCUAAAACUUAAAAAAAUCAAAUCAAGUACUGAUGAAAGAAAAAUUUAAUUCUGAAAAAAAUUUAAAAAGUGGUCAUUUCAAUUUCAGGCAAAUCAAUCUAUAAGACAAGCAAUUCAAGAAAUAAUUAUAGGAUAGUAAGGAAUAUUUUCAAGAACUUGCAUGUGUGUGCUAAAGCUGUUCAUUACUUGUGUUAUUGCUGGAAUGUCAUGAAACAUGUCAGAUAAUGCAGAACACCUAGUUGUGCCACAUCCUGACCUAAAAUUCUAUUACUGUUCCUUCAUCUUGGAACUCCUUAUAGGAGUACUGUUCCUCAAGGUAUGUACAAUCUCUCCUUCCUCAGCCCAUCAUUCAGUUAUUAGAAAAGUUCAUACUGUGGCAGAAAAUGGCAGAUUGCCUGUUGGAAAUCAGUAAAAGGUAAUUGUGCCAGCUUACAAAAGCUCUCUCAAAUGAAACUCAGCAUCGUCUCAACUUAACUUAUAAUGUUAUUCAUCAUAUAGGAAUAUAAACAUCUCUAACCUGAUGCAGUAUCAAACUUGGAUUUAUCAUUAGUUAAAAGAGUAAAGCUUUGUGACUAUCUCAAAUUUACAUGAAUUUGAAUCCAGACAUCCCACCUCUCCCGGAAGUUCCAGGAGUGUCCCGCAUAUUGAUAGCGGCUCCCUGACACCUGCAAAUUAUAUACAAUAUCCCGGAAAUCGAUUUUUUUUUGAGAGAGAGAGUGAGCCAUGGCAGAGUGUUCAAAAAAAAGAAAAUAUAAAAUGUACUUCACCCCAGACUACACUAAAGUGUACUCCUGCCUAAUAGGGGUCAAAAAUAAUGACAGUGUUGCUCACUGCACUGUUUGCAACAGUGACUUUUUUAUUGCCCAUGGUGAGUUAAAAUGUAAAAGGCAUGUUGAGGUGAGUUUAACAGGUGUCAUUUGUUCAUUAGCAUAGCUAACGUUAUUUAAACUAGCUAGCUAGCUGCUAAGGAACUACUCUGCUGCAGACAUCCCACCUCUCCCGGGAAUCUCCCUGAAAUUGAUGGUGCUACCUCCCUGAAAUUAGUUUUUGCAGGGUGGGAUGUCUGUGAACCAGUUGGUAAAAUAUUUGCUAAUAUAUUAUUUCACUAUUGAAGAUUCCAUCAUGGCUGUUACAAUCACCAUGUAGAUAACUUAUUUGAGAAAAUCAUUCUGUCAUUGCUUAUAACUAGUAUUUCAGCCACUAGAUGGAACUUCAUUAGGUUCACAUAACCAUUUCUACACUAUCACUAAUAAAUUCCAAACAAAGUCUCUCUGUUCUGCCUUUCCAUGAGCAGUCCUACAGUGAACAGACUAGUAAAUGAAUAAAUAUUUUCAGAGCAAAUGUAUUAUGUUUGUACAAUAAUAUAAAAAACAAUAAGUGAAUCUUGCUGCACUUGACAAUUUGUGGAACAAAAGUAAUUGAGGUAUUGCUGGAACUUUAAGAAAUACCAUGUGUAAUUUGGAGACACAAGAGAUUGCAAUGCUGGAAUUCAGAGCAACGAACAACCUGCUGAAGGAACUCAAUGGGCUGAGCAGUAUCUUUGGGAGAAAAUAAGUUGCUGAUGUUUCAGAUUGAAAUCCUGCAUCAGGACUGUACAACGAAGGUUUUUGACUGAUCGAUGCUGUUCAACCUGCUGACUUCCUCCAGCAGAUUGUUUGUUGUGUGUAACUUGAAUGCCUUCUCUCUGGUUCGGCAUCGGAGCAUCGUACAAGUAGAAGAGCCAAAUCCGUCUAAAACAGCAGCUGCUAGAAAAUAAUAAUAGCCUGAAAGCCAGGCCAGCAGCAGAUGUUGAGUGACUGAAUGCACUAGUUGGUAAAUUCUCCGGUGAAGAAUGUUAUAUAAAAAGCAGCUGCAAAACAAGGAAUACUGCUGAGUAUUGGUUUGUUUAAAAUGUAAAAAUACAUUUUAUUUCAAUUGAUUGAUAUCAGCUAAAACAAGAAAUUUUUGAUAGAUAUCAUGAUAUUUGAAAUAUUUCAUUUCUUCUAAUCAGUAUUUUAGUUAUUUGAAAAUUUUUAGGAGCAAUUUUAUAGAGUUAAAAUAUUUUUCAGGCCCUCUGUCAAUAUUUUAGACAUUAUUGCAAAUUAUACAGAACAUAGAAGCACAGUAAAAAGCCCUUUGGCCCAAGAUGUUGUAGCCAACAUAAUGCCAUUUUAAGCUGCAUACCUCCCUGCAUGUCAUCCAUAUUUCUCAGUUCCCUGUAUAUAUCUUAAUGCCUUUUAAAGAUUGCUUUUGUAUCUGCUUUCAACACUUGCAGCACAUUCCAGGUAUUUACAACUCUGUGUGCACAAAAAGUGCCACAUAAAUGUUAUUUAAACUUACCCCCUCUCACCUUAAAGCUAUGCACUCUUGUAUUUGGCAUCUCCACCAUCUAUCAAGUCAUCCCUCAGCUUCCAAUGCCAAUAGUCUUAAAUUUUAGAUCAGAUAUUUUAAUAUUUUUGAAAUUACCUAUGUUUGUUGGGUAAUGUACAAAUAUUCUUAAGAAUGAAAAUUGGUACUCCUAGGUAUACAAUGCCAAUGUAAUUCUGUUGGUAUUGAAACAGGAGAAUCCAGAAAUUGUGCUAAUAGUCAGAUAAUGUUAAAACAUGAUCCUAGCUAUCAGGAGUGCUAAAAGGUCUCAAAGCUGAAAAUUUCUUCAUAUCUGCUUGGGGUUGGCUAUAUAAUCAAUGCACUCUGGACUCAAUUAAGAUACAGAUCUUUGUCCUGGCCCAGACCUUGUCUGGAAUUGAAAACAUAGUUUGUAGAACUGAAGCAGAUUUAUUUGCCAAGCUGCGAUGGUGUUACUUCAUGCACUUAGUUACAAUUAAUUUUGCCAUUUUUUUCUCUCCCUUCUGGAGAGUAGCCAUGCUGUUCCCAGUGUAGUUCAGGUAUCUAGCUGAAUUCAUUCAACACCUAUCCUUAUUUAUCCUGAAUAUCCCAAAUAGUGUAUUAACACAGAUUCCUGUUGGUCACAUCUCGUGCCUAAAAUGAGAGGAUUUGUUCUGAGCUCCACCUACAACUUCCUGAUGACAGAGUCCUUAUGAUGAUCAGUGAUUGUAAAGCAGGAGUUUUGAUCCUACAUUCACCCUGUGCAUUUUAAGAGUUAGAGAUAUCCCACCAGCAUAGUUCUUUUGUUUUAAUGUUCCUUUGGCAGAAAAUAUAGGCCAUGAAAAACGGACUGUCGGCAGAGGAACAGUGGAAAUAGUGGUAAGUUGACAGGAGAGGCAGCUUGAAAACUGACAAUAAGAUUGUUUAUGUAGAGUUGUUUAAUAAUGAUAUCCAAAAAUCAAGGCUUUUUCUAAAAUUAAUGUUGCUUGUACUUAAAAUGUGAACUUUGUAUUUUAACUAUGCUUACAUUUUAUGUAUGACCGUAACUACUGUUUUUAAUUUCUUUAAUGAAUACUUUAAAAAUAAAAUACUGAACUUUGUGUA